AGGAUCAGAAUUCAGAUUCACUAUACAUAAUACGCAUCGUAUAAGUAACAGAUAGGAGUUUCUCCGUUAAAAAAUUUUUGUUUUGCGCGCGCACGACCUCACACAUUUAACAACGACAGACGACUCCUCGCGUACUGUUAUUACUACCGGUAUUCGCGUGCUAGUACGCUGCAGUAUCAAUUGACAUAGACAAAUAGAUUUUGCACAAAUUAUCAUACUCCUACGCUCGCUGCCGAGAAUGUGAGGCGACGGCAAUGAAUUGAUUGUUACCUCAGUGCGCAAUUCGUUAUAAGCUUGCUUGUUUUGUUCCUUGGCGUUUAUUUAUUUUUUGUCGUUGAAAAAACCAAGCCAUCAAACGCAGCAAUCAUGCCUUGUGAAAUGAUAACGCUUCAGCUGGGUCAGUGCGGCAACCAGAUUGGUUUUGAGUUUUGGAAGAGGCUGUGCGCUGAGCACGGAAUCAGUCCUGAAGGUAUCCUAGAAGAUUACGCGACAGAGGGUACCGACAGGAAAGAUGUUUUCUUUUAUCAGUCAGACGAUGAGCAUUACAUUCCCAGAGCUGUGCUUUUGGAUCUAGAACCCAGGGUUAUACAUACCAUCAUGAAUUCGCCUUACUCAAAACUGUAUAACCCAGAAAAUAUUUAUUUAUCUAAACAUGGUGGAGGUGCUGGUAAUAAUUGGGCAUCUGGCUAUCAUCAAGGAGAAAAGUUACAAGAAGAAAUAUUUGAUAUUCUUGAUAGAGAAGCUGAUGGAAGUGACAGCUUGGAAGGAUUUGUAUUGUGCCAUUCUAUUGCUGGAGGUACUGGCUCUGGCAUGGGAUCUUUUAUGCUAGAAUCAUUAGCAGAUAGAUUUCCUAAGAAACUAAUAGAAACAUACAGUGUAUUUCCUAAUCAAGAUGAAAUAAGUGAUGUUGUGGUACAACCGUACAAUUCACUUUUGACCCUUAAAAGGUUGACACAAUGUGCAGAUUGUGUGGUUGUUCUUGAUAAUACUGCACUCAAUAGAAUUGCCACAGAUAGGUUGCACAUACAAAAUCCCAGUUUUACUCAAAUUAAUAAGCUAGUCUCAACAAUAAUGUCUGUUAGCACAACUACACUAAGGUAUCCUUCAUACAUGAACAAUGAUUUAGUAGGACUCAUUGCUCCAUUAAUUCCUACUCCAAGAUUGCAUUUCCUAAUGACUGGGUAUACACCUCUAACAACGGAUCAAGAAGGCGCAUCAGUAAGAAAAACAUCUGUUUUGGACGUUAUGCGUCGUUUAUUGCAACCAAAAAAUAUGAUGGUAUCAACAGCAGUGGACAGAAAUGCUGCUCAUUGUUAUAUUUCUAUUUUGAACAUCAUUCAAGGUGAAGUUGAUCCCACUCAAGUUCACAAGUCAUUGCAAAGAAUAAGGGAAAGAAAAUUAGCCCAGUUCAUUCCCUGGGGUCCUGCUAGUAUUCAAGUUGCUUUAUCAAGAAAGUCUCCUUAUAUACAGAGCACUCAUAGAGUGUCUGGACUCAUGUUGGCUAAUCAUACAAACAUUUCUUCACUGUUUGAUAGAGCAUUACAGCAAUAUGAUAAAUUAAGAAAAAGAGAAGCUUUCUUAGAACAAUUUAGAAAAGAAAAAAUGUUUGAAGAUAAUUUAGAUGAGCUAGACAACUCCAGAGAAGUUGUUGAUUGUUUAGUUAAAGAAUAUCAAGCUGCAACAAGGUCUGAUUAUUUAACUUGGAGUCCAAACAAAACUGAUUAAAAUAAACUAUUUAUGAUUUUUACACAAACCUAUUAUUUUACAAAAAAAAAUUGUGCUUUUUUCUUUCUUUCAUCCAUGACAUGAAAUUUAGGUAUGAACAAACUUGUUAUCUAAUUAACUUUUUGUAGAAAAUUGUUCAAUCAUUACAA